GGUACCAGUGAGGAGAGGCGGUCACACACACACCCACACCCACAACCCAAUCCACACUCAGACUCGCUCAGUCAUUCAGUCAGUGAAGACAGAUAUGGCUAAGCAGAGCUGAACUUCUUGUCAGUCAACAUCCGGACAUUGAUCUUUCCCUCAUUUGGUGUCACUUCUUCCCUUCUCUUUUCUCCUCAUCGUUAUGCACUUCAAGUGGGAAAUAAUUGAAUCACCACCAGAGAAAGGAACUUUGCUCCAAUGACUCUAAAAGUGGACUCUACUCUUUUCUACUUGCCUAGGUCAGCCAGAUGAACACACACAAACCAGCCCACAAAGCCAAGGCUAGGCAUUUGUGCUUCGUCGUCCUCCUCUGCUUCCCUUUGGCGUGGGCUGGCGUCCCUGGUCCAUGUCAGCACUCUGUGACAAAGGGUCACCUCCUCAACCUCAAUCGCCUGAUUGACAAUCAGUUGGAGAAUGGCUGUUCAAUAACCUAUGUAUUUACUGAGCUCCAGAGUUUGAGUGAAGUCUGUUAUGUGAAAGCAGCAUUUCCACAAAUCCUGGAGCUUCUGAACACAAACUUCAAUUAUGUCAUGAAGUCGGACAACGGACGCUAUGUCAAAUCCCUGAAGAAGGUCAUUUACAACCUUUACUCCCACAACUGCAUACCUGAAAUCAACGAGGAGAUUGAGGACAACCCAGUGAAGUUUGUGAGGGUGCACAGCACCUCGCCCAGAGAGGCUCUGAGGAAAGCCCGCGGGGUCAUUGAGAUGUACAUGACCCUGAUGACCAAGAGCAACGGGCCUGUUGACUGGAACUGUGAGGAAGAGUACGCUGAGGAUUACUCAGAAUCCGCCACUGUGCUCCCCAUCCCAACCAAAGCUGAACCUGAACCGGAACACCAGUGUGAAUGUCCAACAGUGGGUCCGGUGGCCCCUGAUGUCUCCCUGGUCUCCCACAGUGUAUGGAGCAAUCCCCCACAGCCCACCCUCUCCCAACCCACCUCAGCCAUGCAACCCAGGUCUCCUAACCCACCCUUGGGUACCCACAGCGCUGACCCUGAGGUGUUCCUAGGGAGUCCUGGUACCGUAGGCCCCCCCUCCCUUAGGGAGCUGCAGGUGACUGUCCCUGAUGGACAUUCACUUGGAGAGGGCAGAGAGGGGGAGUUACACUGGGACUCUCGUCCACCUCCACCCACUGGAACUGAGUCAGACUCUGCACUCUAUAAAACAGGCUCUAACCCCCCUUCUGCUACAGACCACCCUUUAUUGUCUUCCCCUCCCAGCCUAGUUCUCCUGGAGACUGUUGGCUCCAAGGACAAGGCUUUUUACUACCCCCAGACUGAAAGGGCGAUGGAGGCUUCUGCAGACAAACCAGCAGGGAGAGGAGCAGCAGGUUCACCCCACAAUCUCUUUGCUGUCCCUAGGGUCAAGCUGGUCACACCUGUCCCUUUCUUGUACAAGGUGAUGGGCAUCACCCUCAGUCGUGAUGAGGGCACUGCCUAUGUGUUGGCCAAGAGGUCACUGGAUGCCAGGAACUAUGGAAUAUAUCUGGGUGGAGUUUCAACAGAGACCCCUCAACUACAGGACACUACAAAAACAUACCCAAGCACAGAGAGAUAUUCACAUGACUGGAACCAUCCAAUUGGGAGCACCUCGACUGAAGCAUCUCCACAUUUGAAGAUGACAGAGGAGGAGCCAGACAAACUACACACCACUACAAAGGUCCUGGGCCAAAUCAGGAAGACUGAGUCAAAACAUGCUAGGACAUACUAUGAGGAAGUCUUGAGCACAGAUAUCCUGUCAGAGAAGACAGAUGUGGAUGACACUCCUAUUUCAGAAAGGCCCAGUGAAGGCUCAGAGAAGAAAUUCCAGAAUGGGAAAACUGGUCAUUACGAUUCCAGCACCUACUACCAGACAGCCUUUAUCAUUGCAGUCAUGUGCGGUGGAUUUCUCCUCAUCACAACACUAUUCAGUGAGAAGAGGAGACUCCGAGCCCUUCUCCAUAGUUCCAACAUAAUUGAAAACCAGAGGGCAUGCCGCAACAUUAAGGACAUUGAGCUGCAGUAUUAUAAAGCCAAGGAUUGAGAGAUCUGGAUUGAUUUCAACUGCCAGUAAGAGACCAAUAACCACCUAAUUUGUCGAAUAAGUGAAAGACAUGGACAUUUGGCUGAACUAUUUCACUUGUGUCACUUUUGUAUAUAAAUAUCUAAGAAUAUCUAAAGUAAUCUAUUUUUAUAUAAAUUAAGUUUAUUAUUGCUUGAAAUAUUGCUGGAUUUUUUUUUUUACAGAGAAUCUUAUGGUUUCAAAGUUAUACAAUAUUGGCCUGCUUCUAUUCUUUUUUUGUUUGAAAGGUUUGAGUGAAUGUGUCGCUCAUAGACAAUUUGGACGGUGUCAUGUACAUCAGAAAGAGUGGACCAAUCAAUCCUCCAAGGACUCUUCGUAACCAUCUCCAAGCGUGACUGAUAGAUCCUCACAGUGAAAUGCACAGUUCAAGAGGGGAAGAACCUCAUUUUUUAUUACAUCAGCAUCUGUGUUUGGAUGUGUCUCCUAAGUCAAAAUCAAAGUUAAGAAAGUCUGUGUGACUGAAGUACUCCCAUGACAUUGUUGAAUGGUGUUGGGUUCUUGAGCCAAAGUAAAACCAGGUGCCAUUACCUCAAGCUGACAGACAGAUGUAUCUUUGGGGAUAAAUACAUUUCAUAGAAAAAAACCACAACGUUUUUAGUGAACUCCAUAAAUGCAAUGAUGCAUCAUACUGGAUGAAUUUGCAUUUUAACAUUACUCUGUUUUGUCCCUUUCAAAUUAUGACAAUGACUUAAACCUGUUUCUCAUGCCGUGUUGUGCUGAUACCAAUGAGAAUGUAUGACAAUCUCCAGCAGUUUGUCAACCUAUUAGAGCGCUCCAUUCCCAUACAGUGAAUCAUAUCCAUAUACAAAGGAUUGUGUUAUAGUCAUGUGGCGUGAGGGUUUUUGUAAAUCACAAAAGUUGAACACGUUGUUGGUCCUUUGUCCCUUUCAAUUGCUUAAUUGGGAAGUAAGAGAAUGCAAUUGAAGUGCUGCUAAUUGAUGACUGUGCCUAGAACCUUCAACAAGCACUACACAAUUAAAUAGAAACUGCAAUUCCAUUUUCAGUUUGUUACCUAAAUGAUGAAAUGUUUCAAUAUGACUUGUGCCCUGUAAUAAGUGUAAAUGAACAUCUUGACAGUGCUAACCCAUAUGAGUUACCCUUGGAUUAUGCUGUAUUUCGGAUCAAUUGUGUUGAUUCAAUGCAAUGUAUUAGAUCAUGUUAAGCCCCAGGAUCAUUUAUGUAUUACUUUAAUACUGUAUACAAUAAUAAUAGUAAUAAUAAUACAAAUAAUAAUGAAGAUUGACAUGGAACUGUUAAAUAUUUAGACUCUUAUGCACAAUUGCAGUAAAUAGAAGUUGAGGUGUGGUCUGUUCAUAUUGGUCUUUGCUUAGGCCACGAUUCAAUCCAAAAAGGUGUUAGAGUCAUGUUAUAAUGCGUUUGACGUGAAGGUCAUAUCCGAUUGAGCUGACAUCUGCAGCGUUUACCGUCAAUGCAAUCUCAGCAAAAGUGGGGACAUUGCCUUAAAAGCUGCAUUGUCUUUAGAUUUAGGAACUUAAUUUGAUCACCCUGUUGUAGAAUAAUUUAAAACGUGUAGUGUUUUGAUGUUUAAAAGGGUUUCUGAAGUUUGUAAUUUCCACUUUGAAAUCUCAGACUUGAUUUUCCCUUAAAAAUGUAUUAACCCCUACAAAAAUGUCCAUACAUAUUAAUCCACAUUAUAAUUUACAUGUCCUGUUGCUGUAGCAAACUAGCUCAUAUUAAGAUCCUAUAUCUGUACAUGCGUGAACGAGUUGAAGCCUUAGUGUCUAAAUGCAGAAAGAACAAUAUAUUAAAGGAAUCCUCAAUAAAAA